GGCAUGAAGCAGUACGCCGUGGCGCUGCCGAUGGGUGGCGUGGUGCCGCUCGUGCCGCCGCUGCUGGCCGCGUUGCCGCCGCAGCCGCCGCAGAUGCGGCUCAUCGCCCCGCCGCCGCUGCCGCUCCAACAACCCUGCAGAAAGGGUGAAAAGGACAGCGGCAAAAACUGCAUACUGUCGUGUGAGAAGAGAAAGGCGGAUGACACAGACAUCAACAAAGACUUGAAAAAGGCAAAGUUAGAGACCAAGGCGCUAAAGGCAAAGAGGCCGGGAUUCACGGACGACCGGUACAACGAGACUUCUUAUUACAUCGAAAAUGGCCUCAGAAAAGUAUACCCCUACUACUUCACAUUCACCACAUUCACAAAAGGCCGGUGGGUCGGCGAGAAGAUUCUGGACGUGUUCGCGCGCGAAUUCCGCGCGCAUCCCGCGGCAGAAUACGAACGGUGUAUCCGAGCCGGCACGUUGACGGUCAACUAUGAGAGGGUUGAUCCCGAUUAUAGGCUGAAGCAUAAUGAUCUGCUCGCUAAUGUUGUGCAUAGGCACGAGACUCCAGUGCUCGCCUGUCCCUUGCGCAUCAUACAUGCUGACGACGAGCUUCUCGUGUUAGACAAGCCUUGCUCGCUGCCGGUGCAUCCGUGCGGGCGAUACCGACACAAUACGGUCGUAUUCAUUCUGGCCAAGGAAUAUAACUUGAAGAAUCUGAGGACCAUACAUAGACUGGACAGGCUAACAUCAGGAUUGCUGUUAUUCGGCCGGAGUCCGAAGAAGGCGAGACAGAUGGAGCAUCAAAUAAGGAACAGACAGGUGCAAAAGGAGUACGUCUGCCGAGUCGACGGCGAGUUCCCUGAAGAAGAGAUAGAAUGUCAAGAGGCGAUAGAAGUAGUGAGCUACAAGAUUGGCGUUUGCAAGGUUUCGGCAAAGGGCAAGGACUGUUCAACGGUGUUCAAGCGGCUCGGCUUCAACCCCCGCAGCAACACCAGUGUGGUGCUGUGCAGGCCCAAGACCGGGAGGAUGCACCAGAUCAGGGUGCACUUGCAGUAUCUAGGUUACCCCGUAGUGAACGACCCCCUCUACAACCACCCAGUCUUCGGCCCCCUCCGUGGCAAGGGGGGUGACACCGGUGGCAAAACAGACGAGCAGCUGGUUCGCGACCUCAUCGCCAUCCACAACGCGGAGAACUGGCUUGGGGUUGAUGCGGCUGAUGACGACAUGCUGUUUUCGAAACCAGUCCGUGAUGAUAAAGGUGUUGAAGAUGACUGCGACACUGGCCCAACCUCCAGAGAGUCGUCUCCAAGACUGGAGUCCCCAGCGCCAGGCGUGACACCUUCCACCGUCAUGACGCCGACCCUUCCAAGCCCUUCGAGCGCAGCAGAGGCGCCCUUGGACGCGUCUCCGGCUGUCUGCACCCUCGCGCCCUCGCCUACGCCCUCGGCAGCUAUGACCGAUGACUCCAGUGAUGCCAAGUCGGACAAGGUGACAGUGGCAACGCAGACGGGCUGCGCGGCCACCGCGACGAGUUCCGUCAGCUCGGCCAGCAGUUCCACGGAGGCCCUGUCUUCCGACCCGCACUGCUACGAGUGCCGAGUCCGCUACCGUGACCCGAGGCCCAGAGACCUGGUCAUGUAUCUGCACGCUUGGAAGUACAAGGGACCCGGCUGGGAGUACGAGACGGAGCUGCCACAGUGGGCGAGCGUGGAAUGGGACGAGCCGGAGAACUCAUAGUCACACGAACUGACACCACUGCGGAGGCGCCUCGCCUGUUCACUCUACAUCAACCACAGACCGCGCUAAUUUAAAGACUAAAUCAAGGUCAAUGAGGUGAAGACCGUCUGCGAGGCAAGACCGUCCACGCAGGCUUUUAUACUUGAGCAGUAAUAGAAACACAAAUAUAAGAAUCGUGACGCAAGCUGCGUAAGUAUACAAAUACAAGAGAUAACGUGUAGACGGUUUUGCCUUACAGAUGGUUUUUCCCACAUAGAUCUUACAGAAACUGUUAACAAUGCAAUUUGGACUGAUUUAAUUGAUAAAUGAUGUUUUAAAAUGAGAUGUUGAUGAUUGUUAAGCUGUUUUCACUUUUGUCAACUAGAUAAAGGCCCCAUUAAUGUUGACUAGGACCGUAGUUACCAUGAUCCGGGUAAUUUAGUGCGAGGUGCCGUUCGUUAGAUGAUGGUUUGAAAUCGGCUGUUUGAAUCGCAGUGCUCUGGAGUAAGUUUUAUAAUAACUAAACUAAGUGAGAAUUAGAUUAUGUAAUUUAGAUUAUUUCUGCGUACGAAGUUCAACUCUUAUUUGGAACUCUUAUACUAGUUUCAUUAGCAGAUCGUAUUAGAGCACUCAGAAUAUUAAGGCCUAGAAGUUGAGUCGAGGCAGGAAUAUCUUGGUCAUCUUCAUUUUUUGCAACAUCGACAGAGAUGGAGAUAGUUGCCUUUAAGUUUCACUUUUAACUAGGUUUUUGGGCCUUAAUAUUCUUAUUUUGCGCACUUAUUUUGAUACGUUCUUGAUUAUUUUCGGUUUGUGUAGUUUACUAUUUUAGAUGUUUAUGUCAAUGUUCAGUUCCUAUCGGCCUAGGAUGUUUCGUCGCUUGUUGUAUCGUAGGGUUAAGGAUGUAACAAUAGUAUAUCGGUAACUGUAAAAUAGUUAUAUCGCUUUAACGAGGCAGGGUCAGAACCACAAUCAUAAAUGAAUAUAAAAAAAAAUUAAAAUGAUUUAAUAAAUAAAACACAAUGGGAUAGCUCUUCUAUUUAAUUCUCAGAAUGGAAUUUAUGUAAAUUUUAUUAGAGAUUGACAGCGUGUGCGAUGAAAAACACGAGUUUUUUUUGUUGUUUUUCACCCCGCAUGUAUACGUAAAUCUUUAUUUUAAACAAAUCUUGGACCACUGCAUAUUUUUUUAUAUUAAAAUUGAAAAUAGGACCACUUUUAAAUAUUUUCUAGAAAAGCUAUCUCGGUAUCAGUAGACGCGUGUCUAUAAUAAAUGCAUAAGUAAAAAUAAAAUCUAAAAUAACGCAUUUUGUAGGCGGUGUAUAGUGACGUCGUCACAUUUUGGCUUCCAUAGUUUUGAGUAGAGAAGAAAUAAAGUUUUUAACGUGUAAAGACAUACCUUCAGAAUUUUGUACUCGAGAUACAUUGUGACGAUUCCGAAUUUUACUCUCUUGAUUAUAAUUCUCUCUUGUAUCUGAGCUUUUUGUGAUAAUGCAUUUGGGCGAUUCUCAGAGAUGACAUUCGGUGCCUGACUUCGGUGCCAAAAUUUUUUUUUAACUUAUAUAAUAUGCGAGUUUAUUUCCUAAAAUCUACCCUUAAUAUAAAAAAUAUUGGUAGUGGAGGCCGCCAUUAGAACCUUAUAGUUUUCAAGAUAUUUGAGAUUUAAAAAACACCGAAAUCAUGUGCAGGCACUGAAAUCAAUUGCGUCACCGAAUUCAAUAAUGCUUACACCAAAAUCACAUUUAGGUUUUAUAUCUCAAUUACAUAAUUAUUUUAAUCAUAUUUUUCAAUCCUAUUUGUUGAUAAGCGAUGUAACAAGGCUAAUGAUCUCGAAAGCUUACAUAAAUUUAAUAGAUAUAGACUCAAGAUUUUAAAAUAACCAAAUUACGGCUUGUAAAUCAACAUCUCUAGAAGAUAUCCCACACUAUAUGACUGGCCUCAUAUAAUAGGGUGAUGUGUGGUCCUGAAACGAGUUUCAGACAUGUUGACAUUGUAUUCGCACAUUAUAAUCAUUUAUUCAUUGCAUUAUUAUAUCCAUGAAGGAGAAGAUGUUUGUUUCACGCAAUCCGACCGCACACUAAUCUAAAAAAAACUUAUGUUACCUGCACCCGAUAAACAAUACACUCUUGAGUGGUGUUCAAUGCUCAUUAAAUAUUUAAUGUACUUAUAAAGCAAUAUGAUGCAAUACGGAAAAGAAGUAUUUUUUUAAUAAAAGAGUUUAAAAGCGUGAACUCCGUCAAUUUAAAACUAUAAUAUUUGAAGUAGUCGAGUAAUGCUUGAAGAUCCAAUUACCAAUUAAUUAUGAUCUCCAGCACCCCAAACACUUGAGCUAAACUGUAACAAAGUUGUUGACAAAGACAUAAGACAUUGAGGAUUGUUAAAACAUUUGCUGUCUUCAAUUUGUGUCUAUGGCUAUCCUUUAGAAAUAUCGAUCAGUAGGUACGCUCAGUGCCUUUGAAGCGAUCUCGACAUUAGAAUGCUAUUUUAUUUUUAAUCCCUUGUUCUGUACAUCCUGUCCCUUGGGUUCACCUUGCAUAGUACUUACAUACACAAGUUAUUUUAAAAGAAGUGGGAUCUAAUUGACUACAUUUAUUUAACAUGGCUGACAUGUUUAAAGAUAUAGAGGACAACAAACAUAAUUUACUUAAAUGGUUGGAAAAGAAUAUCAAGCCAGAGAAAGAAACAUUGGGUCUAUACGUCUGGUUUAAAAAACUACUCAUAGUGAACUAGUGAUUUUGUGUACCUACUAUGACAUAAUUUACUUACAAACAUAAUUUUACGUUUGUACAACGUAUCUUUCACUUUUUAGACAUGAUAAAUUAGUACAACAAACUAGUUUACAAAGCAGGAUUUAAAUUCAGUGAUCACUUUUUUGAUAUCGGUGGUCAAAAAAUCCACCGAAACCAGGGAAAUCAACACCAGCGAUAUCAAAAUUAAUCGCUUUUUAGCAAUUACAGAAAUAGCAUGAACGAUACAGAGGAGAUGUAAUAAUGGUGGAUUUACGUACUUUCAAUGACUUCUUAAUCACUUACAUAACGAUAAUUGCACUAAAACUUUCGGAGUAAAUUGCACCACCGAUCUCAAAAAAACAUAGGACCAAACCCAGCGAAGGACGGAGAGACGUUUAAAAAAUCACUUUAUUGUACUGUGACUGUACCUCUACUUUAUUCAACGGUUAAGGCACAACUAAAGCAUACUAUGUAUGAGACACUGAGUUCCUGGUCUACAACUUUGAAGGAGUACUGACAUGUUUUGCAAAUUACACCGAUAUCAGUCACUAGCCCGGGACACAUAGUAAAUUUGGUUUUAUUCAAUGUGUUGAGCAAACACAUUAUUGUGAUAUAAAGAAUAUGAUAAGCUAACUAAUACCCUAUGAGUGAAUACCCAUAAUAACUCCGAUCUAAUGCCCCAUCUUGAGUAAUAAUUUUUUGUUUCAUAAAAUCUGGGUGCGGGACAUGCCCACCGAACAUAAUUUUUGGCAUUUGAAUAUCUUUUUCUUGUAUUAUAUAAAUAAUAAAUAAAUAAUUUGAUAGUGUCCCAGACAGAAUAUAAGCUGAAGAUCAUGCCUAAAUUAAUUCAGAUUUAUUGAACAGUAAAUUCAAUCAAUUACUGUCCCGGACACGUAAAAACGGCCCUCCUGAGAAAUGCCCAUUUAUUGUAUUUUCCUCUUCGCUGAAAACUUUGAAAAAAGACAGUUUAUGUGCGUAAUUUUAACACGACCAAAGCAAUAGGUCUUUAUUUAUCCAAAGACAGAUAUUAAGUUUACAAUGAAUAGAUGACUCAGCAGAUCGAAGCACAUUUUAAAGACAUGGACGCGAUUUUCGCCACAGGGAACUUAGCCAAGACGACAAUAAGUGCAUCGCCAAAAAGAAAACCGGACAAGUGCGAGUCGGACUCUCCCGCCGAGGGUUCCGUACUUUUUAGUAUUUGUUAUAGCGGCAACAGAGAAAUAAAACAUUAAAAAAAUUUCAAUCGUCUAGCUAUCACGGGUCAUUAGACACAGCCUGUUGACAGACAGACAGACGGACAGUGGAGUCUUAGUAAUAGAGUCCCGUUUUUACCCUUUGGUUACGGAACCCUAAAAAUGUAUCGGGAUGACAGAUGCAACGAAAAGUCACAUCAAUCACAUCAUAUCCAUACAUCACUUUCGAUUGGCGUAUUCUCUAUCACCGACUUGUCACUUGGCUAGGCCCUAAGUUAUAUUUACGAUUGUGUGGUUUUUAGUUCUAAGUAUUUUACAGUUUGGUUUCAUUAUUCUUGUUUGGAUUGUUCUUAUUGUCUAACGGUUUAUUAUUUAGACUCGAAAUGACACGGAAGAUUAACGCUGGUUCGUUUACGGUAGAUAUAUUUAUUAUCUUAUCGUAGGUAUUAAAUGUAAAAGACAAUUCUUGUUAUUAAUAACGUUUCACGAGCUUUCAUACAAUUAGUUUGGAAAAAUAUAUAUUUUUCUUACUUGUAGCGUAGAAGUAGUAUGCAGAUAUGUUGUUCCCUGUUAUAUAAUGAUAUUAGGCGAGUAUGAAGUAAGCAAUCAUUAUUAUAUAUGUAAUCAUUUUUACUGUUACAUUUCAUUCAUCCAAAGGCGAGGUAAUAUGCGCUCGUUGAUUUGUGUAAUUCUUGAAUAUGUUUUCUAACAAGUGAACUUUGUGUAUUUUUAUUCACUUUAAGUUAUAGUGAUAAUUACUAAUUAGUUACUGACUUAAAGUCAAAACGGUGGGCUGCGAGGUUAGUGUGCAAGUUCAUGUAUUUGAUUUAAAAAAUUCAUAAUUUUUUUAAAUUAAUGUGUAAACAGGCCCCAAUGUGAAAUUCAGCCACACUUACCACACAUCCACACUUAUCCGUAUUGACCUCACAUCAAAUAGGCUCGAUAGAAAAUCAAAUCAAAAACACCGCAAAUCGGCCUACCUCGCUCGAUGUUAACAUUCAUAAAGGAAUUAAUACAUACAUAUGCCUUCACCGAUUGGAUAUUAUAUUUGUUAAUUAAGCUGCUUACUUCAAACGAAGCCAAUUCGCGCUGUUGUUACUAUCGGCUAUACCAUGUACAUAAUAAUGCUAAAUGUGAUUGUGCUGUUUCUAUUACUUUCCGCAUUAUCUCUAUCACAUUCUCUAUUAUCUCUAUUGGGAUCAAAGUAAUUUAAAAGUCAGGGAAACACCCGAACAGUCACGUAAUAUUAGAAAUGUAAUCCAUGUUUUAAAAGAAUUUUGUAAAAACGGUAGCAUGUACAGAGUAAGUUAUCAGUGGCAUAUCACCUAGGUACCACAUUGAGAUCAUUCACGGUGUACCGGUUUCCGAAUGGUCUCACCGACGAAUAUUGUUGUAUUUUUAUAGUAUUUAAGACAUGUUUAUACAUUAUGUUAAAUAAUUAAGCAAACUGUUUGGAUAACUGUAAGGCUGGCGGUCUUCUGAUUUUUGGUACUUUGUUACAAAAUGAUAUCCCCCAGUCUUGCUUUAUCAAGUUUUUUUUAACUUUCCCAGUUUUGCCUCUCGACAUAAAUGUUUGUCGCGUUCGGUUUAUCAUUUAUUGUAAGAAAUUUUCAUGUGCCUUCUCAAAUAAUGAAAGAGUAAAGAUAACUUGUAAUAGUAAUGUUUUUUAAAUUACAGUUACAUUGUAAUUGUUACACGUUUUAACGUAAGUAGACACAUUUGGCACUCGCGAUCUAGAGAGGUGUGCUCAGAGGAUACUUAUCAAAAGUAAUUUUUUUUUUUGUAACUACUAAGGUUAAUAUAUAACGGGUAAGUUUGGCAUAACGCUAAGUGUGGUUGGCCUUCACAUUGGGUCCUGUUUACACAUGAUUAGUGUUUAUUACACGUUCGUACAUUUGCCUCUUCCGUUUAGUGGCGAAUGUACGAACCUGUAAGAAACACUAAUCAUGUGUAAACAGGCCCCAAAGGGAAUUCCAGCCACACUUAUCCCACAUCCACACUUAGCCGUAUUGACCUUACAUGAUGGAUAUUUGUAAAGCUUUCUUGAAACCCACAAAAAUCACACACCUCUUGAAUAUAUAAUUAUUACACAUUAAUGACAGUUUUAAGUAUCCUCUGUCCAUCCUUUCUCUCGAUUUUGGCACAUUUUCGCAGAAAACACUUUAAGUUAGCGAUCAGUUGCGGUAUAGUCGUGCCAUAUAAAUGGCAUGUUUUAUUUAAGUUGUUUUGUUUUUUAAUACUAUGACAACAUGAAAGACAUUUGUUUAUUUGAUAAGUAUUAUGUAAUAAGAAUAUAAUAGUGUUUCCUUCUUUAGACUCAUGUUAUAAGCAUUCAUGUUUCCACUUAAAUUUAAUUAGAAUAAAAUCCAUCAUUGGC